AUGUCCAUUGCUUCAUUGGCUUCUAAGAUUUCGCCCGAACCAUCUGAUCAGAAGCUUAUUCAGCAACUUCGCAAGCUGGAUUUGACUGUCAAGCCAGAUAAUGACGACGAAACGGCCAGGACUAUUGCACAUGCCAUCAACCGCCUCGGUUUCACAGCGAAUGCCAGACAAACCCCAGAUGGUUCCUUGACCACCAGCAAGUCUCGUGUAUCCUCCAAGCCUGGUGGCGACCUGGGCACGGUUACUCCGGAUCCUGUCCAGUUGUCUUUCGAUGCAGCUGAAAAUUCUUUGGAUAACGAAACCGGCGAUGAUUCGAAUCCCUGCAACAAAGUGCAGGAUGGGCGGUUCUGUCGCUUUGGUUGCAAACCUAUUUCGAUCAUUGUUGAUGACCGGAAGUACUUCAUUCACGACGGAAUUUUCUCGCUCAUGUUCCCACGCGAAGUUCUCCCGGAGGGAAAUGACACCUUCUGGCUGACUGAUAUUGAUCAAGAUCUAUUUGAAGCUGCGGUCGAAUAUCAUUACAAACAGGACAUUGAUACGCUCAAAGGGAAGCUUAGUCGUGAGGAGCACUAUUCGAACGACCUUGGAGAAUUUGCCAAAAAAUACGAGAACUGGUCUCUGCUCGGCGCACUCUGGCUGAUUUGGGAAAUCAAUCCCUUGGAUAUUUUGUCUAACCUCGCCGAUAUCUACAGCUGUGCUGACGACAUCCCAGGGUUCAGAGCCUACUUCCGACAUUGCUUGAGACAGGAGCUUCCGAAGCGACUUGAGAAAGGUAGCUCAAGCGAUGUCAUCUCCGAGCUCGUCUCUUAUUUGCACGAUGACGAGGAUGCCACGAAUGAUGUGACCACAGUGCUUCACGACUUGUGGGUUUCGAGCAUUAAUGCAGUAGAGUCCUUGGAAGACGAACUCGCUGCUCGGGACGGUGACAAUGCCGAGUGUCUCUCGGACGAGAAUGAAGACAGUGGUUGGAGAGAUGCUCCAAAUGAUGGAUAUUGGGCGAGCCACAACGGAAACUAUGAACAGCCGAACAACUGGGCGGCGAGUGUUGUGGAUGAGGAUGUCAAGUCACGAAGCACGUCGAAGAUUCCAACUGCGUAUGCCGCGCCAUCAGACCCUCUGCCUCCUGGGGUGGAGGUUCCCAACGCGGCCGACUCACACCUUUCGGCAUCUCCUAUUCCUCGCCCAGUAGGGAAUACCAUGCCUCUCCAAUUCGAAUGGGGUCAUCAAACUUCGCGUCGUCUGAAUACGCCAGCCUUCUUCCCGGAACCAGCCCCCGCCCAUGUCGGCAAUUCCGGCUUUGACGCGGCGGUAUCCCGCACUUUGGCUGCUGUGCUGAGCAUGCCUGCUCUUGCGCACCGCAUUUACUAUUGGUUGAGCAAGCAACAUACGGAGAUGGCGUGGCGUGGGUGGCAGGGAAUACCAGAAAUUGCUACCGGGAUAGGAUGCACUGACGUGGAGGCGCUGGUCGCGAUCAAUAAGCUCGUGGGAGCUGGGUUAGUUGAGGAAACUGCCGAGAACUCGUCGGGCAUGGGAAGGUGGAUCUACCGCACUACUAUUCUCUCCCAGAAGACAGGCUCUUCUGGCGAGGAUUGA